AUGAAUUACAGACCUGACAAGGCAGAGAAGAGUCUUUCCACAUCAGAACAUCUCAAGAAACACCAGCGGAAACCCACGGGGAAGAAAUCUCACCACUGCUCUGACUGUGGGAAGAGUUACUCAAGCUCAGAUUCACUAAAAGUACACACGAGAAUUCACACUGGAGAGAAACCUUAUAGCUGUGAUCAAUGUGGGAAGAGUUUUACUACAUCUAGCCAGCUGACUAUACACCAGAGAACACACACAGGAGAGAAACCUUACCACUGCUCUGACUGUGGGAAGAGAUGCAGCUCUUUAGCAACCCUUAAAAUACAUCAGAGAAUCCAUACAGGAGAGAAAUCUUACCACUGCUCUGACUGUGGGAAGAGUUUUUGUUCAUCAGGACAGUUAAAAUCACACCACAUAACACACACAGGAGAGAAACCUUACAGCUGUUAUCAAUGUGGGAAGAGUUUUAGUCACUCAAGCAGCCUGGUAGUACAUCAGAGAAUCCAUACAGGAGCGAAGCCUUAUAGCUGUGAUCAAUGUGAGAAGAGUUUUAGUCACUCAAGCAGCCUGGUAGUACAUCAGAGAAUCCAUACAGGAGAGAAACCUUACAGCUGUGAUCAAUGUGGGAAGAGUUUUUUUACAACUAGCUGUCUUACUAUACACAAGAGAACACACACAGGAGAGAAACCUUACCACUGCUCUUACUGUGGAAAGAGUUUUAUUUCCUCAGGAUAUUUAAAAUCACACCAGAGAACACACACAGGAGAGAAACCUUAUAGCUGUAACCAAUGUGGGAAUAGUUUUGUUACAUCUGGAAGCCUGAAAACACACCAGAGAACACACACAGGAGAGAAACCUUUUAGCUGUAAUCAAUGUGGGAAUAGUUUUGUUGCAUCUAGCCAGCUGACUGUACACCAGAGAACACACACUGGAGAGAAGCCUUAUAGCUGUAAUCAAUGUGGGAAGCGUUUUGUUACAUUUAGCCAGCUGACUAUACACCAGAGAACACACACAGGAGAGAAACCUUAUAGCUGUAAUCAAUGUGGGAAGCGUUUUGUUGCAGCUACCUGUUGUACUAUACACCAGAGAACACACACACAAUCUCAUAGCUGUGAUCAAUGUGACAAGAGAUACUCUGAUAAAAGAUGUCUGAUUAAACAUCAGACAAUUCAUACAUGAAGGAGGUGUUCCAUGAUAUCAAUGAAAUAAUGUCACAAUGUAGAAUGUUUUAACAUUGUAGAAGGAGUAUUUUAAUGAAUAAUGUCACGAUUUAGAAUGUGUGCAACACUUCAAAAUGUAGCUAGAUGUUUUCUACAAAUGUUCCUCUACACAUUAUUCCCAGAUUCCGUGUGGUUUUUUGAGCUGUUAGUUUUAACAGGACCAGCAACCUCAUCUCCCCACUCCCCAAUUGAUUUUGUGAUAUCGAUAUGAGUGAUGACAAAUAAGUAUUGAAUUUGUCUUUGUUUUGGGGACCCCUGAAUUUAAAUGCAUCACUUAAAAUGUAGCUGACUGUAUUCUGCAGGUUGUCCUCCAACCAGUGAGGUAAAAUAUAUCUCCCAUUUCCAUGUGACUUUUUAGUUAGUUUCAACAGCACGUACAACCUGAUUUAAUCGAUAUCAGUGAUUUAUUGCCACAAAACAACAUUGUUGUUUUAAGAUGCUCGUUUAAAAAAAUACAAGUAAUAUGAUUAUUGAACACAAUAAAACUGUGUUUUGAAAUUGGGCUACCCCACCUAGCAAAAUGUUGUUGAAAAGAUGUUGAAAAGAAGACUAUACCCGACAUCCAAUCUGCAUUUGGUUGAAAGUGAAAGUUGAACAUAUGUAUUUUUCUUGCAGCCUUGGCAUUCAGGCCAUAGAGUCUUGG